CUUUUAUUGUUUAAAUGGGAUGUUGGUAAAAUUACGCGUAAUAAGUUGAUUGUGUUUGGUGAUAUGUUACUAGAUCUAUAAGACUUUGUGUUACGCAGGAAUCAGAAAAUAGGGAAAGUUAAAUCCUAUCAACUGGCUGACAUGCCAGCCAUAGAUGUGUCCGGCUCGAGCUCGAUUAAUGGGGGCUUCCACUCUGACAACUCGCAUGACAGCAAUCAUAACAUGGCAGUAUCCCCAAGCCAAAUAGAGGCGCACUGCACCAUCGUCCGGACAGACAUAGAUACGAGCCAGGAACAGGAGCUAUUUCACGCAAGCAAUAUGACAUCAAAUCGGUCUUUACAGUCGUCAAAUUCCAGUCAGUCUCUCGAAUCAACUGUCAGAGUUGAGAUUGCAGACUUUAGCGGGGAGUCGAGUUUCAACAUGACGACGACACACCUGAAGAGGUGUAAGAGACAGGUGCUUCGACCGUACGGUCGGCUCCUCAUGUUCAUUGGGUGGCGUGGUUUUGGCCGGGAGUACGUUAACAGUGGAAGUUUUGGUUGGAGGUUCCUCAACACUAUAUAUCCCAUCUUCAUUAUCAUCAUGUUGUUCUAUACAUACUGCUACGAGAUUGUUGCCUGUCAGUGGAAACUCAAUGUUGUGAGGGAUACUCAGAUAAUAGUGCCAGCUAAUCCUAUCACAACAAGUGCCCCGGUGAAAAACCACACUCACGUCACUUCAGGGUUUUUCCCUUUUAUCACCAUGGACCCAGCCGAGGUCAUCCCAACAAAUUUGAAUCUCACGGACGCUGACGCAUCCUCUUAUCCGUUAGCUUGUGAACACGUAAUCACUACAUACGUUGUGCCAAACAUUUUACACCUUGUGGCGUUUAUCAUGGGAUUGGUGCAUUUUCGUGUGCAGGAAAAUGAACAUCUGUACGCUUUGAUGGAAAAUGUUUUCCUCCAAGCCAGUCCUCUAAACAGCAGAUCAGCGUCACAACAGAAGCUUAUCAGAAACAUGAGGGGAUCGUUUGUAUUUGGAGCCAUGUGGAUAAUUGUGACAAUGGGGAUGCAAGGACUGUAUGAAUGGGCCUUCGACUUCCCGAAAAUGGCGCUGUUUGUGAAGACUGGGCCUGUCCUCCACUGGUUCCUGUUUUGUAUUGAACUGGUGGGAAUGUCAAUUGUCAACUCCAUCUUUGUUGCCGUAGUAACCAACUACUACACCCAGUGUCAAAUGAUCUUGUUUUAUGUGAAAACUGUGGCUUUCAAGCUUCAGGAGAAGUCGAUAGACCUGAAAACUGCAAUGAAGGAUAUUCUUUCUGUAAGAAAAAACCUGGGUAUCCUGAAUGGACCGAUAGCCCGAAUGACAGCCCUCGUGUCUGUGAUAUUUGCCGAGCUCACUAUCAUUGGUGUGAGCAUCUUGGUGUUAAAUAAGAAUAACCAGUACAAAGUCUGGCUGUACCGGGCCCUGUAUCCAAUGGUAUGGUUCGUCAUAUUGGCGAUACCUCUGAUGCAGGCUGCCAGAGUGAAUUCAGUUUGUGGGCGAUUUCGAAAAAUUGCCCUUGAAGUGCGAGUGUUUGGUUAUAAAAGCUCAUCUAUGCUGGAACUGGAUUCCUUCCUUAACUUCGUCAGUCAUACUCAUCUGAGGGCGAAAUUAUUCCAUGUGCCGAUACUUCCCCGCUACCUCAUCUCGAUCAGCGUGUUGUCGCUGUUUGUGGUGCUGAUAUUACUCCAGACCAGUGUCAUUGGCUCGGAUAGACUGUUCUAAUUUCAAGGGAUCGCACAAGAAUUCAUCGUAGAUUCAUGUUACUUAAAACUGUUUGCUAAUAUUGCGCCAUUGUCAUUAUGGACCAGACAGAAUGUCUUUACUUUGAGCAUGGAUAUGGAAACAUUUAUAUGUUGGCUCAGCUUUUAAGCUUAAGCCACCUGCUUUAAAGCUUAAUUAACCCAAGAUACAUGUAGUCAUUGGCGCUGUUAAAUACAAGAAUGGCUUCAAUUCAUGAGCCACUGUUUCUAUUGAAGCUUGCACUGUUUCAUAUACAUGUACAGUGGAACCCCAUUGGCUGGAAGUCACAGGGACCGGCGAAUAUACCUUAAGCCUCGGAAAGUUCUAGCUAAGAGGGAAUGAUUACCUUCAGUAUAGAGAAACUGGUCUUUCACAUCUUGUUCGAGCCAACGAGGAAUUUGAGCCAAACAAGUUAGAGCCAACGUGUUUAGACUGUAUGUUUAUUUGUUAUUGGCACAAACAUACUGUUCUAUUUACUUCAUUGUGAACAAGUCAUUGUUGCUUUAAAUUUAAAACUAGCUUAAAUUGCUUCAAUUAUGUAUAAAAGUCUUUGGCUAAAGCAGGCUAGUUGUUUUUUCUAGUAGAUUUUCAAGUAAUAAAUACUGUGAUACAAACAAUCUAAAUGUAAUUGCUCAUUCUAGUCGAGGAAGGCACCAUUUAUGAAUCAUAAAAAGAAACAAACACAGUCUUGUGAUAAAUCAUCAUGUCCUUGGCUUGUUUUUAGCCUUUGCUUUUAUUGCUCCAGACAAGUGGCACCCAGGCUAGAGAGGCUGCAGUUCUAAUGUUUAUUGACCGACAUAAGGGAAUACUUAUUUAUUAGUCUUCUACUUAAGGAAAAAUUAUGGCUGCUGCAUGGUCACAAGACUGGAAUAAUGAACAGCAACAUGGGGUCAUACACCGGUCAUUGUUUUGACCAGCUCCUGCAUUAGUGAGAAUGAAAUACUUGAUUAUGUCUGAUUUUUACGUCAUUAUCAAACAAUUACCAUUGCUUAUCACAUCAUGAAUAUAUUAUCUCAUAAUAAGCUCUUUUGCCCAACUGGAACUUCAUGUCUCCUUUUGUAAAGUAGGUUAUAUGUAUAUAUAUAGGCUUUGACAUAUUUGUUACUAGUAUAUGAUUUUCUUCCAGUCUUUAAAAGUGGAGGUUUUGUCUGUAUAAAAUUUUGCUGUAUAAAUGAGGCUUGUAAUAUAAUCAUGGCUAAGAUUAUGGUACCAAAGUAUGGUGCUAGAAAUCUUUAAGUAACUGUAUAAUAUUGCGUUGUUUUUUUGUUGUUAUUUAUAUGUUAUGUAGUCAGUAUUACAUAAUGUGAAAAAAAUUGUCAAGAGAAAUGUGCAAUAAGAAUUAAAAUGAGAUUUGAAGUUAUAUCAUUUACCUGAUGUUAUACUAUUUAUAAUUUAUUUACAAUUAAAUAUUUUGUGUAAUAAACUUUGAAUAAUGA